CAUCAGUAGCAGCCAAAGUGUGUGUGUUGUGUGCGGACCACUCGCACGGCUCUGCUGGUUAGAGUGUGCCGACAGCCCGUUCGAUCGCAGCAGUUUUCUGUGCAGCUCUCACCAGCUUGGUUCUGCCUCGAUUUUCGCACCCCCCCCCCCGGCGGUCUGGUGGGUCACCAUGGACGUCCUCUCCUACCUCACCUCAGCUUCCUCCUGCCCUCACCUGUACCACCUCUCAACCUACCCCAGCAACAGCACCGCGCCGGACAAAACCACUACAGCCUCGGGGAUCAGCCAGGUGAUCCUGAGGCACUACAACCACACGGGCCGCCUGCAGAACAGAACCAUCUCGGCCACCCAGGCCCCCAUCAGCGUCUCCAUGUCCAUCUUCCUCUUUUUCAGCACGUUCAUCGUCCUGGAGAACCUCCUGGUGCUGGUCGCUGUCGUCUCCCGCAUUCGCCACAGCCGCCGCUGGGUUUACGUCUGCAUCGCCAACAUCACCCUGAGCGACCUACUCACGGGCGCUGCCUACCUGGUCAACAUCUGCAUGUCCGGCAGCCAGACGUUCCGCCUCACCCCUGCUCUGUGGCUCUUCAGGGAGGGCAUGCUGUUUGUGGCCCUGGCGGCCUCCAUCUUCAGUCUGCUGCUGAUUGCGGUGGAGCGCUACACCACCAUGAUGAAGCCUCUGCCCCAGAAGUCCACCCGGAAGACCUACUAUAGGAUAUACGGCUUGGUGGUGCUCUGCUGGGUCCUGGCGCUGGUGAUCGGCUUCCUCCCCGUGCUGGGCUGGAACUGCGUCUGCAGCCUGGACGGAUGCUCUACUCUCCUCCCGCUCUACUCCAAGAGCUACAUCUUUUUCGCGCUCAUCAUUUUCUUCCUCAUCCUGCUGACCAUCGGGGUGCUUUACGGUGCCAUCUACUGCCACGUGCACAAGAGUGCUCAGCUGGCCUCUCAGCGCAAUCGCAAGCGCUCCUUGGCCCUGCUGAAGACCGUGAUCACCAUUGUGGGGGUCUUCCUGCUCUGCUGGGGCCCCCUCUUUAUGCUUUUGCUGGUGGACUUCUUCUGCGCCUCCCGCCAGUGCGCCCUGCUGUUCAGCGCCGACUUCUGUAUCUCCCUGGCCGUCCUCAACUCGGGCCUGAACCCCAUCAUCUACGCGCUGGGCAGCAGCGACAUGAGGAAGGCCAUAGCCGAGCUGCUGUGCUGCUGCUGCCUGCGGGCCGGCCUCUGUCGCCCGGACAAGUUCAUCUCCAAGGAGACCAGCAGCACCUCGGAGAGCCGGAGGGACAGUCUGAGGAACAGCUUCAGCAAGGCCAGGAGUCUGAGCGUGGCCUCCCCGCCGUCGACCCCCAGCAAGCCUCGCAAGGCGCCCAGAAAGUGCAGGCUGAGCACCACAACCAGCUGCCUGUCAGUUUCCAGUGGUUAAAACCACAACGCGCUCCCCUCCCAAGCAAGCAAGACACGUGUGCGGCAACACACGUCUAACCGUUUCCUCUGACUUUUAGUUUGACUGUUAUGCUGCGUGGACGAUACCACGUUUUUUUUUUUAAAGAAAACCUGCUUCAGGCAAGACUUUAAAUAUGUCAGCUUAAAACAUGCCAGGAAAUAAAAACUCUCAGGGAUUUUUUUGUUUUUUGUUGUUUUUUUGUUUUGCUGCCUAACAAUUCAUUCAGUUUGUCAAUGCAUCUCCCGGAGAUCUCUUUGGACAGGAUCGAGCCUUUUUGGAUGACAUGAAAUGUACAUUGAUGUAUUUUGAAUAGAGAAUGCUGCCUAUAGCAAGUCAGCUAUAAGAUGCUGUGAUUUUUAUGUAAUGAAGAGCUGGUAAAAAUAUAAAUAAAGUUUAUUUUGUGUUA